CCCGCCCACGGCGAUGACGCGUUAUCCAGGCGCCAGACGGCAUGACCCCGCGUUGAACUCGAAGGCGGGAAAUGGAAGAACCUGUCGCUGUCAUGUGUCCAUCAUGAGCCGAGUGUGUGACAUAGACUGGGGGCAGACAUGUCGGUGGAUGGGCAGAAGAGCUGUAGGAUGAAGAUCGUCAGCUGGAAUAUAAAUGGUAUUCGAGCUACUCGUGUAGGGCUCAAAGAAAUCUUGGACUCGUUGGAUGCCGACAUCAUCUGUCUUCAGGAAACUAAGGUCACCAGAGACUUGCUCGAGGAGCCUGUUGCCAUAAUAGAGGGGUAUAAUUCUUACUUCAGUUUCAGCCGUGUGAGAAGUGGGUACUCGGGAGUUGCCACCUUCUGUAAAAACAGCACAACACCGCUGGCAGCAGAGGAAGGACUGUCUGGACAACUGGCUGGUCAGAGAGGGUCUAUUGGCUGCUAUGGAGACACGGAGGAAUUCUCUGGAGAGGAGCUGCUGUCUCUAGACCAGGAGGGGAGAACCGUGAUCACACAACACAAGAUCCUCACAACAGACAGUAAGGAGGAAACCUUGACUGUCAUCAAUGUUUACUGCCCAAGAGCAGAUCCCGAGAAGCCUGAACGCAAGAGUUACAAGCUGCGCUUUUACCGUUUGCUUCAGAUCCGGGCAGAAGCCAUUUUGAAAAAUGGAGGCCACGUGAUUAUAUUGGGUGAUGUCAAUACAUCCCAUAAACCCAUUGACCACUGUGAUCCGACAGAUCUGGAAGUCUUUGAAGAAAACCCAGGACGUCAAUGGUUGAACCAAUUCCUUGCUGACCCUGUUGUAUCUAAAGCGGUAGUUUCCGAUGAACAAAGUGGCGGUCUGUUUCUAGACAGCUUCCGUUACUUCCACCCCACUCAGAAGAAUGCAUUUACCUGCUGGUGCUCUGCUUCUGGUGCACGGCAGACCAACUAUGGCACACGCAUAGACUAUAUUCUGGCCAAUAGAAAGCUGGUAGAAGCUGAGUUUUUGGAUUCCAUCAUUCUGCCAGAAGUGGAAGGAUCUGACCAUUGCCCAGUUAAGGCACUUAUGAAGUGUUACCCGCUGGCAGCUGACAAAUGCCCCUCACUUUGCACUAAGUACCUCCCUGAGUUUGCUGGUCGGCAGCAGAAACUCUCUCAGUUUUUGGUUAAAAAGAAUAAAGACCUGGAAAUUUCCUCUGCAGACACCAAGGAGCUGUCAACUUCUCAGUGCUCGAGUGAAGGCUCUGAACCGAGUUCUGCCCGUAAGAGGACUAUUGAGAAGGUCGGCGAAAACAAUGGGAAAAAAGGUAAACCAGGCUCCAAAGGUGGGCAGGGCAGUCUCCUUGGAUUCUUCAAACCUGUGUUGGCCAAGUCCGGUGUGAGCGAAGGACAGAAUAACUUUCAUAACCCUGUGUCUGAGACGAAACAUGUGACAGCAGUAACACAAGACUCUGCUCCAGCUCUGACCUCUGGGACCCAAAAUGGAAACCAACAGCCAAGUGCGUUCUGGAAGACCCUUCUGAAAGGGCCACCUCCUCCACCCAACUGUAAGGGGCACGGAGAGCCCUGUGUCUUGCGAACGGUUAAAAAGGCCGGUCCUAACUGUGGCCGUCAGUUUUACGCCUGUGCCCGGCCCAUGGGACACACCUCUAACCCACAGGCGCGCUGCAACUUUUUUUUGUGGGUUAACAAGAAAUCCGGGGCAGACGGGUGAUCGAUCUUUUAUGGAUCUUUUUAGGGAUCCUACAUACAGAACUGAUUCUUGUUUAACGUACAACGUUGUGCACGUUUCCAGAGUAAAGGGAAGGCUGUAGAGCAAUGUUUCCCAACCAGUGUGCCUCCAGC